AUGUUUUCAGCAUUGAAGAAGCUUGUGGGUUCCGAGCCUGGGCAGCUCAGGGAAAAGAACAUUCCUGCUGGCCUGCAAUCAAUGAACCAAAGUCUACAGAGACGCUUCGCCAAAGGGGUUCAAUAUAACAUGAAAAUAGUCAUCCGAGGAGACAGAAAUACUGGCAAGAGUACUUUAUGGCAUCGGCUGCAGGGCAAGAAAUUCUUAGAAGAAUACAUACCCACUCAGGAGAUCCAGGCUACAAGUAUCCACUGGAAUUACAAAACCACUGAUGAUGUGGUCAAGGUGGAGGUUUGGGAUGUGGUAGACAAAGGCAGAGGGAAAAAGCGUGGGGACAACUUAAAACUGGAGAAUGAGCCCCAAGAGUCUGACGAGGUGGCCUUGGAUGCAGAGUUCCUGGAUGUGUACAAGAACUGCAACGGUGUCAUAAUGAUGUUUGACAUAACGAAACAAUGGACUUUCAACUACAUUCUGAGGGAACUCCCCAAAGUGCCCAACCAUGUGCCAGUGUGUGUCCUGGGCAACCACAGGGACAUGGGCGAGCAUCGCGUCAUCCUCCCUGAUGAUAUCAGGGAUUUGAUUGCUGGGCUCAACAGACCAAUGGGCUCAUCUUAUAUCCACUAUGCGGAAUCCUCCAUGAAGAAUGGGUUUGGCUUGAAAUACCUACACAGGUUCUUCAACAUCCCCUUCCUGCAACUUCAGAGGGAGACCCUUCUGAGACAGCUGGAGACCAACCAAUUAGACAUGGAUGCCACGCUGGAGGAGCUGUCUGUCCAGCAGGAAACAGAGGAUCAAAACUAUGAGAUCUUCCUGGAGAACUUGGAGUCUCGCAGUAAGGGCUAUGGCUCUCCCGGUGCAGCCAAUGGACAGAGUCCCUCCUCAGGAUCCCAGUCCCCCAUUGUGCCCCCCAGUGGGGCUUCUACGGGCAGCUCCAGCCCUGGCACCCCUCAUCCCUUUAUCCCUUCUCAGAUCCUGCCACAGUCCCAGCCUCUGUCCACUUCUCCUCCUCCUCCUCCUCUUCCUGCAGCUGAGGUUAGCCAUGCUGCUUCACCCAUUUCUGAGCCUAAGCCCUUGGAACCUAAGCCCUUGGCCCAGUCCCCUGAGCACCUCGGACACUCGCAGACCUCCACAAUGUCGGGAUCCCAGACCUCAGCCGCAGCCCCAGCCCCCCAGAAACGCAGCUUCAUCUCCCGCUGGUUUGGCUCUCCUGCAGCUAUUGAGGCUCAGGCUGCUGCAUCAGAUGAACCCCCUGCACCAGUGUGUCCUGCUAAGGUUCAGAGUGUAGAUGACUUUGUUCCAGAUGAGAGAUUGGACAAAAGCUUCCUUGAGGAUAGCCUGCCAUCUAAGUCUAAGGUGGUCCAACCAGCGAAAGCUCCUGCUGUGGACAGUGACAGUGAUGGGGAGGACAGAGGGAACCCCAUGGUGGCGCAUUUCCAGGACGAGCUGGACCCAGAUGACACUGAGGCCCCCCUGCCCCAGAUCAGAACCCUGCCACCAAGUAAAGACAUAACUCUGACAAGUGACGAGGAAGAUGGAGAACUUCCAGCUCCUGUUAUUACACAGGACCAAGAUCUGAGCAGCGAGCCUGAACUGAAAGAGCCUGUGAUCAACAUAAAUCUAAAGACUGGGUCUGAAGCGCCGGAGCCCAAAGUACCUAGUCACCAGCUCCAUACCGGAGCACCCAUCUCCCUCACUCUCACCCCAGCAGCACCAACAGAGCCGCUGGCCCGACACCAGGGGAAGAAGAAGUGUAGUACCCCAAGGGCUGAUGACUCUGACACGGAUCCAGAGGCCCCUGUAGCCCAGCAGAUGCUCUCUUUUGUCAUGGAUGACCCAGACUUUGAGUCAGAAGCAUCAGACACACCAAAAAAAGCUAAGGAUAUGUUCCCAGUAAGGGAUGAGCUGCUGUCUGACCUGUCUGAUGAAGACAUCCAGGUAGCCACGGUUCAAGAACCUGUGAAGCCCACCGUCAUCUCCUUCAAACAUAAGAACGACUCUGACUUGUUUGGACUUGGCAUUCAGGAGGAACCGGCAGCAGCCAAGGACAGCAGCGAGGAGCAGGAAGGGGCAGAAGGCAUUCAUCCCUCAAAAGAAAAAAAGAAAAAGAAGAAGAAAAGCAAAGAGGAGGAUGAAAAAAACAAGAAGAAACACAAACACAAGAAAAAGGAAAAGGAUGAGACAAGCACCGGCGAUGACAAGGAGAAGAAGAAGAAGAAAUCUCGGCCCAAGAAAACUGAAGUGGAUGAGCUGGAGGAGUUUUUGGGUGGCAAGGCGGGGUCAUCCAAAAGAGAGGGUGGAGACUAUGAGGAACUCUAAAGGAAAAGAAACCUUAAACCCCAAUUUUCAUUGAGACUCGAGCAGUAGAACAGGCGCAAUAACUUAAGUGGUCAAUGUCAAACUGCUGGUUCCUUGACUUGUCCGUGCAUAAGCAAGCCAUACGCAAGGUUACCAAUAACAUCCAGGUUAAACGCCCCCAGGACUAUGGUAUGUGUAUUUUGCUUUGGAUUUUUCUUGUGUUUCUAACCCACCUGCAUCACUGCUCUCACUUUGACUUCAUUCUGACCAAUAAGAAUACCAAAAGCAGGCUGAGGUGUACUCUAGUGAACAAAUAGUUUAUCAUUGGUGGAGUCAUCAAGGACUGGCCCUUUGUGCUCUGAAAGUAUUAGAUAAUGUUUGUUUGAUGUUUUCUUUGAGUUGACACACUCUUUAAGAGGACCCCACCCUAAGUCUGCCUAUGUAAAUAAUGUUUCUGUCUGGUGUGUGAGUGUGGUCUGAAUAUGGGUUUGGUGUUUAAAAUUGAGAGCAUGCUCAAAACGAUGAAAGACGCCGGAGAGACUUCAUAGUCCACCCUAAGGUUUGUGUGUGUACACAUGCACACACACACACACACACACACACACACACACACACACACACACACACACACACACACACACACACACACACACACACACACACACACGUAAAGGACUCGAGCUUUAGGAAGACACACACACCGCCCAGAAAAAGGUGAGAGGGAGAUCUAAUUUAUAUAUAUCCACAGUUCACUGGGUCCAUGGUGGCUUCAAAAGUGCUCAACAGGAUAAGGAGCAGGAAUAGCGUUUUUUUUUUUUU